ACGCCUUUAUGAAAUUGAUGUAAAUAAACAUAUGUAAAAAGGUGAAUGUAGGUGAACUAGCAGAGCACUGAUGUUUUACAGCAAGGAUCACAACAUUUAAAAUAUUCAUUUAGGGUGGGAAGAAGGGCACGACAGGCUGAGAGAGUUAUGACUGAUCAGCCUGGAGAACAGAACACUCCCAGGAGACUUUGGUGCCCCUUCCAGUACUUAAUGGGGRCUUACAAGGGGGCUGGAGAGGUACUUUGGACAAGAGCAUGUAGUGAUAGGACACAGGGAAAAUGGCCUUAAACUGCAGAAGGGCGGGUUUAAAUUAAGCUUUAGGACGGAAUUGMGGACUGUGAGGGUGGUGAGGCCCUGGCACRGGUUUCCCAGAGCAACUGUGACUGCUCCUGCAUCCCUGGCAGUGCCCAAGGCCAGGCUGGACGGGAUAGUGSAAGAUGUCCCUGCCCAUGACGCUAUUCAAGUCCCUUCCACCCAGACCAUUCCAUGCCUCUAUGACUCUGUGCUGCCCCUCCCUACCAUGCUCAGCACACAGAACAGGCCCCUCUGUGACAGCAGCCCUGGGCCGGGRCAGUGUGAGCACCUUGAAGGCCGUGGGUGCCGUGUCGGUGGCCGCAGGAAAGGUGUCACCUCAAUUCUGGCCACUGCCACUCGCRCUGGCACCGAUGGCUUUGCUGUGGCUGCUCAUCCUGCUGGCCCUGGCCAGCCCCGUGGUGAGCAACUGGGACACCUGCAGAAGGACCUGUGGGCUCUGGCCCAUGGCUUCUGACCACAGCUCUGUGGCUUCUGCUGCUGGCACCUCCCACGUCACGGGUGGCACCAGUGUCCAGCCAGGGGCCUGGCCCAGCAUCGUCAGCAUCCAGGCCACCUGGGAGAAUGACACGUGGCACAUGUGCUCCGGUGUCCUUCUCAGCUCCCAGUGGGUCCUCACGGUCGCGCACUGCUUCGCCAGGGGCGGGGACAUCUCCACGUGGGAGGUGGUGAUUGGGGCCACGGAUCUGACCCRRCUGGGCCCUGAGGCUGAGGUGCGCCGCAUCCAGAGGCUCCUGGUGCACCAGCACUACGUGSCUUCCACGGCAASGAACGACAUCGCCCUGCUGGAGCUGGACCAGCCCGUGGAGUGCAGYGACUACAUCCAGCUGGGCUGUGUGCCCGACGCCUCGCUGAGGGUCUCUGAGCUGAAAUCCUGCUACAUCGCCGGCUGGGAUUUUGCCACGGGUGAGUUUCCAAACAAUGGAUCAGGCAUGGUGCUGCGGGAGGCCAAGGUCCACCUCAUGGACACAGAGCUGUGCAACAGCAGCCGGUGGUACGCGGGGACCAUCCAUCCCCGCACCCUGUGCGCUGGGUACCCACAGGGCAGCAUCGACACCUGCCAGGGGGACAGCGGGGGUCCCCUCGUCUGCAAGGACAACACGACGGACUAUUUCUGGCUCGUGGGCCUGAACAGUUGGGGAAGAGGCUGUGAAAGAGCCAGGCACCCCGGGAUCUACACCUCCACUCAGCACUUCUACAACUGGAUCCUGCUGCAGACGGGCCUGAGCCCGGCAGAAAGAGUUGGUCCAGCACCAGAGCCAGUCGCCACCUCGAUCCCAGAGCAGCGUCUGAAACCGGCAGCAGAGGGAUACAUCGGCUUGACCCCUGAGCACAGCCAGAGACCAGCGCUGGCAUCCUCGGGCACACUGAUGCCCAUGGCCUUCCCACACCAGAUCCUGGCGCAAUUCUGGAAUCUGGUGCAGGAGUUCCCGCAGUUUCUGAAGGACAAAAAGGUUUGAGCAGCAGUGGGACGAGCAGGAUCCAGGGCUACAGUGGACCGUGSCAUUUCCUGCUGGGCCAAAGGUAGCCUUGGGGCCAGAGACUUCUCUAUGCUGCCCAUGCUGCUCUGCUGCGGCCACGCCGAUGCUGACGUGACCGAGGUGUUGAAGUAAAGUUUCUGUGUUCACCAUUAACCGUGUUUUCAGCCCUGCUCAGUGCACCCACGGGCUUGGAGAGUCACUGCUCUGUCUGUCCGUCUGCUGUGCUGUUCACAUUCGUUCUUCA